CAAUAGUGGCUAAUGAAAAUCUUUCCCUGUGACUUUAACUACAGACAUCAAAAUUUGCUUCAUGGGGUUGUUGUCAUAGAUUUCAAUAUCACGGUUCCAUUUAUAAAUUCCAAAAAUGGGAGCUUAUAAAUACAUGCAAGAGUUGUGGCGUAAGAAACAGUCUGAUGUAAUGAAAUUUCUUCUCAGAACAAGAUGUUGGUAUUACAGGCAAUUAAAUACAGUUCACAGAGCCCCUAGGCCCACACGUCCGGAUAAAGCUCGAAGAUUGGGCUAUCGAGCUAAACAAGGGUAUGUUGUGUAUCGCAUUCGAAUUCGUCGUGGCGGUCGAAAGAAGCAAGUCCCAAAAGGUUGUACAUAUGGUAAACCCAAAAACCAUGGUGUUAAUCAGUUAAAACCAGUGAGAAGUCAUCAAUCUGUUGCAGAGGAGCGAGUUGGUCGUAGGUGCAAAGCUUUGCGUGUUCUUAAUUCAUAUUGGGUGGCUCAAGACUCCACUUACAAAUUUUUCGAAGUUAUUCUUGUAGACCCAGCUCACAAUGCCAUUCGUAACGACCCCAAAGCCAAUUGGAUAUGCAAUGCUGUUCAUAAACAUCGUGAAUUGAGAGGAUUGACUUCUGCUGGUAGGAAAUCUCGUGGUCUCGGCAAAGGUCACAAGUAUGCUAAAACUAUUGGUGGAUCUCGUCGUGCUUGCUGGAAGCGACGAAAUACCCUGCAAAUGCACCGAAAACGAUAAGGCUCUGUAUUGUGUUGAAUAAAUUCUUCUAGUGUUGAAA